UUGAGGGUUGGGAAGGACGAUGACAACAGAAAUGGACAUCCAACGAAAAUAGCCUCGCUGUCUAUGUCAGAUCCCUGACUGGCACUUCACAGACAAACCUGAGGGGAGAGAAAAGUGAACAAGGCCAGAGUUGAGAGCCAUGGAGGCUCGCUUUGGUAAUAUUGUGUUUAGCUCCAAGUUUGACUCAGGGAACCUUGCUCGUGUGGAAAAAGUGGAGAAGGGCAGCUCCAGCCCUCCUUCAGAUACAGCCUCUAGUGGGAGUUCCUCCUCAGGGUCAAACCUCACCCCUGACUAUGAGUUCAACGUGUGGACGCAGCCAGACUGCGCCGGCACAGAGUUUGAAAAUGGAAACCGAUCAUGGUUUUACUUCAGCGUGCGGGGGGCAGCUCCGGGGAAGUUGCUGAAGAUCAAUGUGAUGAACAUGAACAAUCAGAGGAAGCUCUACAGCCAGGGCAUGGCUCCCCUGGUACGCACGUUACCUGGCAAGAACCGAUGGGAAAGGGUUCGGGACAGGCCCACAUCGGAGAUUGUAGAUAACCAGUUCAUCCUUUCAUUCACUCACCGGCUGUUGGAGGUGCGAGGGGCAACCACAUACUUCUCCUUCUGCUUCCCAUUCUCCUACAACGAGUGCCAGGAGAUGCUGCAGCAGUUGGACGGGAACUACCCGAAUGCUGCUCAACUCAGUCCGAGCAGUGCACCGGGCACUGUGUACUACCACAGGGAGGUGCUGUGUCACUCUCUAGAUGGCAAUAGGGUGGACCUGCUCACUGUGACCAACUGCAGCGGGAUGCAGGAUGAGAGAGAAGCCCGUCUGCCGAAGCUGUUUCCUGACACCAACACUCCAAGACCACACCGCUUCCCCGGAAAAAGGGUGUUUUUCCUCAGCAGUCGGGUGCACCCUGGGGAGACUCCAUCAUCCUUUGUGUUCAACGGUUUCCUCAACUUCAUCCUGAGAAGAGAUGACCCACGUGCACACGCGCUGCGUAACAUGUUUGUGUUCAAGCUCAUUCCCAUGCUCAACCCAGACGGGGUUGUUCGCGGACACUACAGAACCGACUCCAGGGGUGUGAACUUGAACAGACAAUACUUGAACCCCAGCCCCGAGCUGCACCCUUCCAUCUAUGCAGCCAAAACACUGUUGCUGUACCACCACACACACAACCGCCUGCACAACACGCAGUCGAGCAGCCACUGCAACAGCUCCCAGCGCACACAGCCCGCUCCCCUGAACCCCAAACCAGCGAACCAGCAUCAAGCGCCUCCGCUCACUGCCCUCGAAGUCAGCUUGAACGAACGAAACGCGGAGAAAGAUGCGAAUCCUGCACAGCCAGAGGUGCCCAUGGUGAUGGAGGAAAACGCCUGGGUCGCCACAGAGGUGGGGAAAGGAGACCAGAACAGCUCAUCAAGUUCCUCAGAGACUGUAGCUCCUGUUACUGUAGAAGUAGAAGCACCGAAGGUGGAGGAACCAGAAAUAGUGCCCCCCAAAGAAGGGGGUGUGGCGUAUUAUGUCGACCUACAUGGUCAUGCCUCUAAACGUGGAUGCUUCAUGUAUGGAAAUAGCCUUCCUGAUGAGAGCCAACAGGUUGAGAACAUGCUGUAUCCGAGGCUGAUCGCUGUGAACUCUGCACACUUUGAUUUCCUCGGCUGCAACUUCUCUGAGAAAAACAUGUACGCACGAGACAAGAGAGACGGCCAGUCUAAAGAGGGCAGUGGUCGGGUGGCCAUUCACAAGGCAAUAGGGCUGCUUCACAGUUACACUUUGGAGUGCAACUACAACACAGGAAAAACCAUGAACACUAUUCCACCUGCCUGCCAUGACAACGGACGGGCGACCCCUCCUCCACCUCCGUCAUUCCCUCCAAAAUACACUCCAGAAAUAUUUGAGCAGGUGGGUCGUGCCGUGGCCAUCUCUGCCCUGGACAUGGCCGAGUGUAACCCCUGGCCACGCCUGGUGCUGUCUGAGCACACCUGCCUGACAAAUCUCCGAGCCUGGAUCCUCAAGCACAUCCGCAACACCAAAGGCCUGAACACACACAUCCACCCUCCCCCAAGAAUACACCACAAUGGCAGCAAGGUGUCACCGCCAAAGAGCUUCAACAACUGUCUGUCUGGAUCAGCGUCGGAGAACACCCUCAGCCGUGUCCGCUGCAACAGCCAGAGUAGCAGCAGCCAGACACCCUCUCCGAAGAUGCACAGCUCCCCGAGCUUUACUUUUGGCUGCCCUCCACCCCGAACUCACGCACAGCACAACAGCACGCACACCGGCGGACGUGGAGGCAACAAGACACUCGGGCCAGUCAGGGACACUAAGCCUCAGGAGAAGAGACGCCCCCCCCACCACCGCUCCAUCCUCCGGUCUCCCAGCAACAGCCACACACCCGCCCGCCCCCCACUCUCACCCCCUUCCUCCUCCUCGUCCUCCUCGUCUUCCUCAGUGUGUGCGGCAGGCUCCUGCCCCCUCCCGGCCUCCGUCAGUAUGACAGGUCUGUACUCCCUCCAGCCUCCCAGCCUCUCCACCUUGCUCCCCUCCCUGCAGGCUCUGCCCCGUCCCGGGCUGCUCUCCAAACUGAGCCCCCUUCUCCUCCAGAGCCUUCCACCGGCCACCAACUCUCCAACUGGGCCCACACCGGACUGAAUCUAACCCAACCUGUGAGACUUUGGGCUUUGAGUGCGUGUGUGUGAGUGAGUGAGUGUAACUAAUACCUACCUUGGAGUAUCACACAAGAGGUGUGCUAAGUUCUAUCUAGAGACUGUCUUUAUAGAAGCCUGCAUCUGCCUGGUGCUCCAUGUAGGUCAAAACAAGGGUGUGUGUGUGUUUGUGUGUGUGUGUGUGUCUGAAACAUCACUGGUGCUAGCUCUUCUACCUUUUCAUCAAAUACUGUUGUUUUUCUUUCUGCACAUAUCUGAGUAAUGACAUGUAUCUACAGUAUUAGCACCUUAAGAUAAAUAAUACACUUAAGCGUGCAAGUGUUACUCGAAUCUCAACUAUAACUGUUUUUUUUUUUCCCGUUUUACAACCGACCUUGAAGCAAGUACCGGUUAUCACAUGUAGUUCUUGUGAAUAUUCUUUACUAAACAAAGCAGCAAAGUGGUUAGUUUGUGAAUGUGUUAGUCUAGUGAAGAGGACAGUUGCUUGGCUAUCUAACCUGCAUCGUCACCUAGGACCUGCAGAAUAUACAGCAAACAUUAACAGCACA